GUUGCCGAGGAUUUGUUGCAGAUAGCUGGGAGUGCGGAGCUCAGCUCGGCAUGUGCAGCGCCUCAUUUUCGCUCAAACUGACGCCACAACCUGCAACUGCCCGGAUCAGAGCAGAGAGAGAGACAGACAGAGAGAGAGAGACAGAGAGGAAUACUUGUAUGUAUGACCGCGGCUAAAUAUAGUUAAAGCUCUUUUUUUUGUUUAGUUUUUCAGCAGCACCGGGGCAUGUUGAAGAGAAGCCGGUGUAUGUGUGUGACUAUGCGGGGAUGAAGAAGCGCUGCUGCCGAGUUUUGUUAUAAGGUUUCUCCGUGGCGGCGGUGCUGCUGCUGCUGCUGCUGCUGCUGAUUCUGAUGAUCCUGCUGCUGUUAUGGCUUUCUGGGAGUGACAUGGAAGUUUUUAUUUUAGUUUGACGUGUUUUAAGUUAAAAAAAAAAAAAAAGAUUCAGAUUUUCUGACUGGAGGUUUGAUUUAAUCGAUAAUUUGAGUGUCCUGUCAAGAGGCUGCAGACUCCGGAGAGUGAGGAGAUGAACUUUGGAAAUUUACUUCUUGUGACUGUCUCAUUCAUCACCAUCGUAUCAGGGUCCCGGGCACGGUUUGAAGACAGCGCACCUCGGAUUGUGGAGGACCCCUCGGAUUUGAUCGUCUCCAAGGGGGAGCCUGCCACCCUCAACUGCAAGGCAGAGGGCAGACCCGCUCCCAGUAUAGAGUGGUAUAAGGAUGGCGAGCGUGUGGAGACCGACAAAGACGACCCCAGAUCUCACCGCAUGCUCUUGCCCAGCGGCUCCCUCUUCUUCCUACGCAUUGUACACGGACGCAGGAGCAAACCAGACGAGGGUGUCUACACCUGUGUGGCCCGCAACUACCUGGGAGAAGCCAUUAGCCGAAAUGCUUCACUAGACGUUGCGAUCCUGAGAGAUGAUUUCCGGCAGGCCCCGAGCGAUGUGGUGGUGGCUGCUGGUGAGCCUGCAGUGUUAGAGUGUGUGCCUCCACGUGGUCACCCUGAGCCCACCGUGUCCUGGAAACGCAACAACGUCCGAGUCAGCGCCAAGGAUGAACGCAUGUCUAUGCAUGGGGGCAAACUGAUGAUCUCUCAGACCAUGAAGAGCGACGCUGGCAUGUAUGUUUGUGUGGGCACUAAUAUGGUUGGAGAGAGGGACAGUGAUCCUGCAGAGCUGGUAGUGUACGAACGCCCUGUGUUGGUACGGAGGCCGGUGAACCAGGUGGUCAUGGAGGAAGAGACCGUCGACUUCCUGUGUGAGGUCCAUGGAGAUCCCCCUCCCACUGUCCGAUGGCGGCGAGAGGAAGGGGAGCUUCCCCGCGGGAAGUUUGAAAUUCGCAACGGCAACAGCCUCCAUUUGUUCCGUGUGAAAGAGCAGGAUGAAGGGACGUAUACCUGCACAUCUGAGAACAGUGUGGGCAAGACUGAGGCCUCGGCCAUGUUGCAGGUCCACGUUGGCCCAUUCCUACCACCUCAGAUUGCCACAAAGCCCCGAGACCAGAUUGCCAGCCAGGGCAGGAGCAUCACCUUCCAAUGCGGCACCACAGGAAACCCCCCACCUGCCAUCUUCUGGCAGAAAGAGGGCAGCCAGAUGUUGUUGUUCCCCGGCCAGCCACCGUCGCAGUCUGGCCGUUACUCUGUCUCCAUGAGUGGAGAACUGACCAUCGCUGACGUCCACCCCGAGGACUCUGGUUUCUACAUCUGCCAGGCCAUCAGCGUAGCAGGAAGUGUGUUGACCAAGGCGCUGCUGGAGGUGGAGGGAGGUCCUUCAGGUCGUGUCCCGCCGAUUAUUCGCCAAGGACCGGCCAAUCAGACUGUAUCUCGGGGCUCGACGGCGCACCUGCACUGCCGUGUGAUCGGAGGACCCUCGGUGAAGAUUUCAUGGGAGAAGGAUGGAGAGAGACUUCUGGGAAAUAAACCUCGACUGACCUUGAUGGAGAAUGGCAGUUUGCGAAUCACAGACAUAAAGGAUGCAGACUCGGGGAUGUACACGUGCGUGGUAUCCAGCGCCACAGGGGAGACGAGCUGGAGUGGGAUGCUGACUGUCAGAGAGGAUGGAGUUUCUUCUGUAUCCAGAGAGUUUAUCCAGCUUCCGGGGCCUCCACAGAAGCCUGUAGUGACGGAGGUGACCAAAAACACUGUCACCCUCACGUGGCAGUCCAACCCUCAUGAAGGCGGGGCCGCCGUCACCUCCUACAUCAUAGAGGCCUUCAGCCAAUCAGUGGGCAGCACCUGGCAAACGGUGGCGGACCACGUGAAGCAUGAGAGGCACACAGUGGUCGGACUCUUCCCCAACACUGUUUAUCUCUUCAUCGUCCGAGCAGUCAACUCUUAUGGCCUCAGUGACCCCAGCCCCAUCUCCGAGCCUGUCAGGACGCAGGAUGGAAGUCCUACAGAACAAGGUGUGGACCACAGACAGGUGCAGAGGGAGUUAGGAGAGGUGUCUGUCUACCUGCAGAAGCCUGUGGUUCUGUCUCCUACCAGCGCCAGGAUUUCUUGGACUGUCGCCUUUCAGUCCCGGUACGUUCAGGGUUAUCGUAUAUUUUACCGGACUAUCGGCAGCUCCUGGUUGGUCCAGGAUGUGGAGGCCACGUCUGACCACAGCAUCAUCUUGGUAGAUCUGUAUAGCAGUACGGAGUACGAGGUCAAGAUUCGCCCUUACUUCAAUGAGUUACAGGGACAUGACAGCCUCAUGGUCCUGCUGCGGACGCCUGAGGAGGUUUUAAGUGCACCUCCACAGGCUGUAUCAGUGGUUCAGCUCACCAACAGCUCCAGUAUCAGUGUGUCCUGGGAGCCUCCGACUCAUAAUACUCAGAGCGGCAUCAUUCGAGAGUACAAGGUCUGGUGUCUGGCCAGCAGCAUGGAGCAGAAGAGCCAGAUAAACCGAACAGUGGAUGGAUCGGUGCUGUCCAUCCUGCUGACAGGCCUGUUGCCUGACGUCCACUACACCGUGGUGUUGGCUGCUGUCACCAGUCUGGGUGUGGGUGCUCAAAGCGCACCCGUCAGCCUGCUUCUCACUCUCCCCCCGGACAAAACGUCAACGCCUGUGAAGAAAGGCGGUAACCUCAGCAUAUCAGAGCAGAUCACAAGCGUGGUGCGACAGCCGGCCUUCAUCGCAGGGCUGGGUGUCGCUGCGUGGUUGGUGCUGAUGGGCUUCAGUGGUUGGCUUUACUGUCGACACCGCAGGAGGAAGCAGCUGGGACACUACACCACAUCCUUCGCAUACACACCGGCAGUAGGCUUUGCUCACAGUGAAGGAUCUGGAAUCAUCAAUGGAGGGCCUGGCUUGUUGGGGUCAAAUAUGGGCAACUACCCCUGGCUGUCCGACUCUUGGCCGACUCCGAACGUCAUUCAUAACAGCAAAGACUCUGUCAACUGCUGCUCUGGCAAACUGGACUCAGACAGAUAUUAUAACACAGUCGGCAUCAUGAACUACCCGAACCAGUCCGAGAAACGCAGCACGGCGUCCAACGACAGUCCCAUCUACAGCACCAUCAACACAGCCGCUGAGGACGACCUGCUGGCCUACUACGACACCUACUCCAGUACGUCCUACAACCAGGGUCCGGACCCGUACAGCAGCAACCCGGUACUGACAAACCGUGGCCUUGUGGGUCUGGAGCUAGACCUGGACCAGUGGACCAUCCAGUCUGGUCAGUCUGGGUCUGAAUAUGCCAAGCUCCAGUAUACCAAGAAAAGCAACGACAAACUGGUAAAGCAGAGGUCCGCUGGGUCCUCGUCCAGGUCAGCUCCUCUCACCUGGGUGGAUGUUUUAUCGCUGCCUCUUCCGGCCAACAAAGACAGAGCUCACCCAAAGACAGACAAAGAGGAGCAACACAGCUCUGAGGAGGAAGAUGACAACUGGUGUCCUCCGCUGCCUGCCAGAACCUACCUGAUGGACACUUCCAGGGAGGAACUCUCCAGCAUGCCCUCCAAACCAGACGAACUGUCCUACGCAGCAACACUGAUGUCUCCCUCCCAGCGAGAUAAGCCCGGUGACAGUCCACGGCUACAGCACUUUGACCUCUUGGCCCGUAACCACUCAGGCUCCCAGGUCUCCCAGUCCAACCCAGAUCUGUUUACCAACGCCAAGGCCCAGGUUGCAGGGGGGGUGUACCACACCAGCCAAUGGGCAGAAGAUUUCAAGGGGGAAAGCCUCGGAAACGGACAAUCUCCUGCUCCAGCUGCCGAGUCUGGCCCCGCAGCCCAGGCAAACAGAUCCAGGAGUAAGAAGAAAACACCCAAGGAUGGACAACUCAGGCGAGAGCUACACAACCAAGCAGGACUUCCCCCUGCACCAGCCCCUCCCCCUACAGAUGACUCCCUGCAGCUCUUGGCUGAUGUUUUGACCCGCAGCCAAACAGACAGUGAAAGAAAAGAGGGCAGCGACUCGCCUACUCUUCAGAAGAGGGGAGAACAUUUCUCAACCCAAAGGAAAGGAGCUACAAAGUGGUUAUCACAGGAUGAGAAUGUAAUCCCAUAUGGACAGUCCAGCGUCCUGCCCCAGGUCCAGAUGUCAGGCUACGGUUCCCUGGGUGGAGGGGUCCUUUCAAGACCCUCCACCACUGGCCAAAGGAGAGACGAGAACCUCAUGUAGACGGACGCCGAUUACAUGACAUGCCUUCCUCCUUUUUCCUCCCCCAUUUCCUGUCUUUGCGAACCAUCAAUCUGUUGCCAUGGUCUCUUAUGAAAUACUGAAGACUAAAGGGAAAGCAUCAAGGCUAGCCAUCUGCCUUUUCACAAAAUAUUGUUUAAUUUUAAUGAUGUCCUCUUUAUUUUUUGUGGUUUCCUUCACCCUUUCUCCGUGUAUAUAUACUGUACAUCUUUGCAAUUUUAUAAAGAUGUGAUCAGAUGUAUUACUAAAAAUGGAUCUGGGGUUUAAAAAAAAUACAGUAUUUUCAGGCAGUGGGAAGUUCAUGCAACUAUUACAUUAUUGUACAGCAGAUUAAUGAAUGUAUCUUCUGUUUACUCCUGACCAUGAAACCAUGAUGAUGUACAGUAUGUGUUUGACGAAAGACUGGAGAAGACAUAAGGCAGAAAAUGGGUUAAUAAACUAGUGUGUGUGUGUGUGUGUGUGUGUGUGUGUGUGUGUGUGUGUGUGUGUGUGUGUGUGUGUGUGUGUGUGUGUGUGUGUGUGUGUGUGUGUGUGUGUGUGUAGAGUUGUCUGUGUUACUGUUUUUAUCUCUCAUUUCUGUGUGACUGUGUACUGUGGUAUCCCUGUAGAUCACCAGUGUGUUAGUGUUGUCAAGAUUUUUAAAAUGACCAAUAAAACAUUUAUUAAAAAAAAAAAUGCUUCUGUCCAUGUGUGAACUA